AUGUUCUUCAGCAGGCUCACCUUCGGUUUCCUUCUCCUCACGGUCGCCGCCUUCUUCUGCGCGCAGUCAGUCGAAGCGGCCAAGGGGCCCAAGAUCACCCACAAGAUCUACUUUGACAUGAAGCACGGCGACAAGGACAUGGGUCGGAUCGUGCUCGGUCUCUACGGUGGUACCGUCCCCAAAACCGCGGAGAACUUCCGUGCGCUCUCGACCGGUGUCAAGAAGAACGGCGAGGCGCUCCCCGAGGGCUUUGGCUACAAGGGUUCUAAGUUCCACCGUGUCAUUAAGAGCUUCAUGAUCCAGGGUGGUGACUUCACCCGUGGUGACGGCACUGGCGGAAAGUCCAUCUACGGCGACCGUUUCGCGGACGAGAACUUCAAGCUCCGUCACACUCGCCCCGGUCUCCUCUCUAUGGCUAACGCUGGCAAGGACACGAACGGCUCUCAAUUCUUCAUCACCACUGUUGUUACGAGCUGGCUGGAUGGCAAGCAUGUCGUCUUCGGCGAGGUUGUUGAGGGCAUGGAUAUCAUUACUGCCAUUGAGAACGUUGACAAGGGCCGCAACGACCGCCCCGAGCAGGAUAUCAUUGUCGCGGACUGUGGCGAGCUUCCGGUGGACACCGUGGAGACGGCUGCUGACGAAAAAGAGGUGCCUGCCCACGCUGAGCUCUAA